AUGAGGUUCAAAGGUGACGGCCAUGCAUGUUGUGUGCUUGAUGUGGCAGACGCGUUUCUCACCGUCGAUCAGCGCAUACCAACGGUUGUCAAGGCAAGCCUCGGGGAUCAACAAUCACAUGUGCAACAUUUCCGUCUACUGAAGCUUCUGCCGGGGCAGCGCGACGGAACGAUCCGGUGGCAUGAGUCGUUCACUGAGUAUCUUGACAGCAAGCUUGGAUUGGAACCGUACGUGCCAUGCCCGGCACUCUUCAAACUGAAGAAUGUUGCAGUUGCUGGAUUGUUGCAUGUUGACGACUUGUUCAGUGAAGGACAGCGCAAAGGAUUGGAUGUGAUGGUGUCAUGUGUGCAAGAGAAAUACAAGUGCACGGUGAGCUGGCUUUGUGAGCAUGGGGAUGAGGUUUCGUUUCUCAAGAAAGCAUAUCGGUUGGUUCGUGAUGACCUCUUGAUUAUCCAACCUCACCCGCGCCACGUUGAGAAGCUGGUAGAAAUGUUCAACCUCACACGUGCGAGGAGCAAGUCGAGUCCUUUGCCGACCAAUCUUCCAACAGAUGAUGAAGAGUUGAGUGGCGAGCAGAGUGCGAUGUUUCGCACGGCGGUUGGAGUACUGUUGUACUUGCAGUCAGAUGUGAUCGAAGCGCAAUUUGGGAUCCGGUGGUUGGCUCAACACAUGAGCCGCCCCACCACUGGGGCACUGCGAGUGCUGAAGCACAUGAUCCUUUACCUUCGGGACACUAGUGGCUAUGCCAUAGGCUUCCCAGUGCCCACCAUAGGCAUAGGAGUAAGUGUGCAAAGCAAGGCGGGGCACGAUGUGCUAGAGACGCACACCGACGCCGACUGGGCUGGAGAUAAGGUGCAUCGGAAGUCGGUGUCAGGAUGCGUGAUAACCUUGAACAGUCACUUGCUAAGCAGCAGCAGCCGGACGCAGAAAUCCAUAGCAUUAAGCUCAGGGGAAUCUGAGUAUGCCAGUGCCGUUUCAGGAACGUGUGAUCAAGUGUUCAUCCGCAAUGCCGUGGAGUUUGUCCUUGGAACAAAGGUGGAGUCGCAUUUGCUUUUGGACUCAGCGGCAGCCCGAGGUGUGAUCGCCCGUCAGGGCGCAGGCCGAAUCAGACACUUGGAAGCGAAGAUGUUAUGGCUGCAACAGUACGCCCGUGAAAGCCUCCAGGUACAUCCUGUCGAUGGCAAGCACAACGUUUCGGACCUUGGAACGAAGAGCCUUCAAGGACCCCGCAUCAGGGCACUGUUGCACAAGGUUGGAAUCCGCGAUGUCAAUGAUGAUUAUGCGCUUGUGGGCAGUGAAGAGUUCCAGAACCUUCUUGAUGGGAACACGGUGCGCAAGCUGGUGCGAUUGGUCAAGCAGCAGGGCAAUGCUGGCAAUUCCGUUGGAUUGCAAGUUGCAAUGAUUGUCUUAUCGCACGCCUUGAGCCAGCAUGCCGUUGCAGCCGCAGCGGACAGCGAGGAACAAGAUGUCGCCGCCGAUGAAGGCACAGAUGGAAUGCACAGCAUCGUCCAACAGGUGCUGGAGAUGAUCAUGCUUGUGUUCACUUUUGCAGGUGAGUAUGCCCAGCUGUAUCCGAUUGCAGCCACAAGCUUCAUGCAAGGGUUCAUGUGGAUGGUUCUGAUGUGCUUGGGAUGGUGUGUGUGCCGAAGGCGCAAUGUGAACUUGAGCAUGCGAGGUGAUGCGUCAGGAGAUGAUGGCAUGUCUCCUGCAUCGCCACGCGGUGCCAGGAGUAAGCGAAUGACCAAGCCGCCCAAGCGCAGUUGCGAUGACAAUGAUGAUGAAGGGGCACGUGGUGAAAGUGCCAAUGCUGGUGACGUGCCAAUGAGCAGCCAUGAAUCGCCAGGUCGCUUGAACUUCAACGUGCCGUUGACCCCUGGAGCCUCGGUCAAGCUUGAAGUGUCGAGUGGCAGUGCAAGCGAGAAGCCGUCAAGCAGUGCAGCUAGCACAAGCAGCACAGGGGAUGCCGAUGGCCCACGUAUCGUUCUAAUCGGCUUUGUGGUCAAAGCCCCCGCUGAGAUCGCAGAUCAAGCUGCCGAGAUGCAAAGAGCUCCCGUGGAGCUCCUCUUGCGAUCCAACUUUGCGCCGGGUCAGGAUUCAUCGGUGUUGGCUCGUCUCCAGUCGGCCAACCGUAUCUUCAUUCAGCUGGGAGCCUUUUUGCUUCGGGCUCGGGAACUUGGGGUGGCGUUCUCGCUUAUGCACUACAUGUCUUCCUGGCUUUGGGAGCUGCCUCCCUUCGCCGACCUGCUCAAGGUCUCUUCGGAGGUGCCAGUGUAUCUGAUGUCUGACUUGCACAGGCUCCAGCAUUUUCGCUUAGUGUACACCUUGUGUGACCUGUCAUCGCUUGCCGCGGUUGAUAGAACCGAUGCCAUGACACAGAAACUCUUCUGUGAUCGUUUUGCUGCUGCCUUGUCCACUCAGGUUGCUGCCUCGGGUUUAGGCCCCUCCCCUCUUAGGCUCCCCGAGGUCCGCGCUGCGGCGCAAAACCAACCGAAGGCGUCCAAGCUGCCACCGCUUGUGCCAGAGUUUGCAUACACGCAGCGUUUGACGUGUGAAGGCCAUCCACCUUUGGAUGCCAAGAAGCAGCUCACACAUCCGUGGAAUGGCGUUCCCAAACAUGCCCGCCUCCUGCGCUCUUCCGCUUCCGAAGGGGGGGCGACUGAGGAAUCCGCGCAGCAAGCGACCAACAUCUCUUCGCAGAAGCCUCGCCAUACUGAGUAUGUGUUCGGUGUGUAUCGCGAGCCGGUGCAAUUUGUGUAUCAGGCUGUCGCACUUCAGCAUCCGUUUGAUGCCGCCAGAGCUCUUCCGGAUAAGCUUGUUCGUGUGCUCUUUGCCACCUUGACGAAAGGUCCCUUAUGCAUCAUGCGAAACAGGUUGCUCCUGCUGCAAAAGUGGAAUCAGUGGGCAAAGGACCUUCGCUCAGAUGAGGCCUCUCUGCAGGCCUCCCUGCAUCCUUCGGUCCGCAAGGUUCUUCAAGGAAAGAAGCUGCUCCUUCUUGACAAGAUUGCAAGAUCCCUUGACUGGCCCGACAAGCACCUGCAUCGUGACCUGUGUGCAGGGUUCAAGUUGUCAGGAGUUCCUGAUCCUACAGGUGUCUUUGAGCCAGACCACAAGCCUGCCUUGUCUUCAGAGGAGCAAUUCUGGGACGCUGCCGAAGUUUUGAAGCAUCAGCUUUGGGCACGGGUGAGAGAGCAGCCGGCUCAGGAGUACGAUGCGGAGCUGGUCGAAAUCACGCUGGGCGAAACCGGUGCAUCUGGAGGAAAGGGAUGGCUCGAGGGUCCUUUGUCAUUCUCUGAGCUCCAGGAUCGCUUUAAAGGCCAGUGGAUGCCGUGCCGAAGGUUCGCUGUAUGGCAAAACAAGUGGAGGCCCAUCGAUGAUCUUAGCGAGUCGGGGCUCAAUGCAACAUUUGGCUGCCAUGAGAAGAUUCCGCUUAGGGCUUUGGACGAGGUGGUCUGGAUUUGCACAAAGAUAAUGCAGGCUGCCUCUGCUAGGGGCGAUGUCACGUUGCAACUGAGCUCGGGCGAAUCCUUGAAAGGCAAGCUGCAUGAACGACAAGGAGAGGAGCAAAGUAAGGCGAUAGUUACCAUUCGACAUCCUUCACAGACCGAGCCGAUUAUGCUUGAGAUGGAGAUCUUGACGGCGCUCUACUAUGACGACUAUCCAGUAGUGUCGCCGUGCCUCCUUGGCAACAGCACGGCUGCAGCCUUCACUUCAGUAAUGUCGCAGACCAUCGCCGUUGCCAUUGAGGAGAUUAUCACCAGAGGGCACGUCGCACCUCGUGAGUUACCUUCUUUGUUCGGCAGACUUCAGUUCGCCGAGGCACAGAUCCUUGGCAGGAUGGGCAGGUUGGCGAUUCACGAUCUCAGAAGUCUUGAGAGGUCUUCUGCUGCGCGUGUCAACCUCACAGCUCAGCAUCUUGAAGCUUUGUUGCUCUUGAAGGAACGCGUUGUGUCCGGAGCUCCGAGAACUGUGUCCGCUUCGGCUGCGACCAGUCCUAUCGUGAUCUUCACUGACGGCUGCUUCGAGCCGGAUGCUGCGAACCCCGCUGGGGUGGGGGGAGUGAUGUUCGCUCCUUCGUUUGGUGGAGGCUUGAAGGUAAGGGCCUUUGGCUCGCUUGUUCCAAAGACGUUGCUUGAAGCAUGGCACGCCAAGGGCAAGCGACACCUCAUAGGCCAGGUUGAGAUGUUCGCUGUCAUCAUUGCCAGGUCGUGCUGGGCAAACGUCCUGGACAGUGCCAGGGUCAUUUAUUUCGUGGAUCACAGCGGUGUGCUUGCCGCCUGCAUAAGCGGAUCCUCCAAAGAAGAUACCUGGAGAAAGCUUUUGUGCGCAUUCGAGAAAGCUGAUUCGCUGCCUGCCAUGCAAUGGUUCAGCCGUGUUCCUUCACACUCGAAUAUCUCUGAUGGACCGUCAAGAGGUCGCUGGGAGGGCCUUUUGAGAGCUUUCCCGGAGUGCGUGAUUGAUGAUCCUUGUUGCCCUUUGACAGGGACAUUGCUUCAGCGCUUCGUUUAA